AUGUCUACAAGCAAUCAAACCCCAACGACUCGGGCGGAUAUUGUGAGCGGCGUCCCUCCCGAUAUCCUGACGGCAAUGCGAGGAGGACUUCGUGACAUGGCCAAUAUCGAAUACGAAAGGCUACUCAAAGCUUCAAGAGAGCAUCAGAUACUCUUGACAAGUGAUGAGAUUGAUCAAAUGACCGUUCACCAUGCCCAAAGUAUCCCACUUCCGUCAGAAUUCAAUAUGAAGAAAGUAUAUAAACCGAGAAUCAAGGAAUACGUCGAAAGGUUGGAAACCGUUGGCAAAGUGGCUGCCGAUCUUCAUCCCGAUACUGAUGGACGAAACUUGACCGAGAGCGCAGAUGGCCUGUUGGGCUCACAGGAUCUCGAGACCGUCGCAACCGAGCUGGCUACAAUCCGAUCCAAGAGCGUGGAGAGAGUUUCUAGCUACCUGUUCAAUAAGGCCGCCAUUUCCUGUUUGGCCGAGAUCGAAGAAGGUUUUGCUAAUCUCAAGAGCAAGACCGACGCCAAGGUUUGGAAACUCAUAGAUAGAGCGACGGCAGGGUGCAGAUCCGCAGAGCAAGUUCUGUCUGAUCUCGGUCGCGGCAUGACCUAUGAGUUGAUCUCCCAGCUCAACCAGAAGAUAGAGGCACUGGGAAACUACGAUAACCCCGGUGUCAAAGACAAGGUUCAAAGCUCGAUCCAAGACAACCUGGAUUAUACACUUGCAGCUGGGGAACCGCUAUUUUUUGGACAUCGAUUAGGAGAUCUUAGGAAGCCCAAUCUACUAUCAUCAGCCUCAUUCAAAGAGGUGCGGGCAACAUCAGAAUCCAUCAGAGAUGAACAUGAAAUCUCAGUCUACAAGGACAGAAGAAAUCGGAAGGCAGCAUUCAGACACAGGCAAGCCAAGAAGGACAACUCCGUUGGAGAGAACUCUGUGCUACAACAAAGCUGUCUAGACGAUUUGACGGGCUGGUUGAAUGAGAAUCGAUGA